AUGAUUUUCAAGAUUUUGCAGAAGAUUCAAUUUCAUCUGUAUCUCUAUCUAUUUGAAUUUAAAUUGUAAAAGGAAUACAAGCUGUAUCAGCUGGAUGCUGGACCGGAGAAGAGUGUGGUGUUGACCAAAACGGAGGCGCUCUCGUUGUACACGGACUUGCAGAGCAUCCGAAGAUUGGAGCUGCGGAUUGCGAAACUGUACAUGCAGAAAGCAAUAAGGGGUUUCUGCCAUUUGUAUAAUGGAGAGGAAGCUAUAGCAGUGGGUAUUAAAUCGGUGAUGAGACCAGUCGAUCAUGCAAUCACUUCGUACAGGGCUCACGGAUGGACUUACCUGAUGUCCAAAGGGAAAAUCUACAAUAUUUUUUCGGAACUUUUGGGUCUUGCGAAUGGCAUCAGCAAAGGAAAAGGUGGAUCGAUGCAUAUGUUCUGCAAGCAUUUUCACGGUGGACAAGGAAUCGUCGGUAGUCAAGUAUCACUAGGGACUGGAGUUGCAUUAGCCUGUAAAUACAGAAAUACUGGAGGAAUUGCCUUUAUAUGCUAUGGCGAUGGAGCUACAAAUCAAGGUCAAGUGACAGAGUCUUUCAAUAUGACAAAACUAUGGAAUUUGCCCUGCAUUUUCGUGUGCGAGAACAACAAUUACUCGAUGGGAACAUCCGUCAGCAGAUCCUCCGCAAACCACGAGUUCUAUAAGCAAGUACCAUUCCUUCCCGGCGUUUGGGUGGAUGGCAUGGAUUUAUUUUCUGUACGUUCUGCGUCAGAGUUCGCAAUUAAACACAUAACCGGCGGCAAAGGACCUAUUAUCCUCGAGAUGUCCACUUAUAGAUAUUUCGGCCACUCGAUGUCGGAUCCUGGGACUAGCUACAGGAAGCGGGAGGAAGUCCAGGAGAUUAGGAAGAAAUCCGAUCCGAUCGAAACUUACAAGCGGAAACUGCUCGAAGCGAAAUUAAUUACGCAAGAGGAAUUGAAAGUAAUCGAUGGAGAAGUUGAUGCAAAGAUGAAUUCGGAGAUGAAGGACGCCAUGGUCGGAGUGGCUCUGCCCAUCGUCGAUUUGACCUCGGACAUCUACAAGACGAAUCAGGGUGGUAAAGUGAGAGGUGUCGCGUCCAAUACAUGGUGGAACCACUACCACAGAGCUCCACCACCGUAACUGGAGGAGUUUACGAAGGACGAAGUGGAAGGAACAGAAUGAAAAGAACUACUUUAAUCACGUUUUAUCGAUUCGCCGCAACUUUGAUUACUGCACGCGCUCCGGUUACGAAUGGGAAUCGAUCGAGCGCGCACAUGCAAAUUUACU